ACUUCGUUUGUGACCUUACUAAGAUUUAUUUGGGUAAAUGCAAACUGCAGACGGAAGACUGAGUUGACUCGACGGUGAUUUACUUGAAUUUGGCCAAGUGAUUAGGAAACUAUAAGUUAAGAGUAGAGACGGGCGGCCCAAUUCAACGAUGGUUGACGAGCUAUUACCAAGGUUUGCGCAUGAGAAUUUUGGCCAUGGAUAUUACACUGCCGUUCCUGGCGAAAUUGAGAAAGUACAACCCCUGGCUCUGGUGAUAAAAAAGGAUCCUCCACUGUGGAAGCGACGUUUUAAAAAAUCGAAAAUCAUAGUCCAGGAAGGACUAGAAAAGUUUUCUGACAGUGAAGAGGAGGCUUUUGAGUCGCGUGAAUACUUCAAAUCUAAGGUCAAGGAAGAAAUGUUUCAAUCGAAACAAAAAAUUGACGCAGGAGCCAGAACUAAGGAACUGGACGCCAGCUUCGUAGGACAUCUCGAGGGAACUAUACGGUUAAGUUAUGACCAAGGAGUUCUACAGCUGGGUAAACUGAGUCAGAAAUAUAUUGACGAUCCAGAUCUUCGUGAAAUUCUGACGAAAAUAUCCUUAGAUGCCGACAAAAUGAGUAGAUUUGAAGAAGGCGAUAAGCUUCUUCUCAUAACAGAGGUGAUUUAUAGCGGGAAAUUCGAACUGACAGGAGGCAAAAAAAGUGAGUUCCAGGCUGCACUUAAACCGCCGGAAUCGUCAGUGACUCGAAACCAUUGGGCAACACGACGCAACAGGGUCACAAAGUAUUUUGAAGAAAUACCGCGCAGGGACUCAAAGGCACCGAUUUUAUUUAGGUGCUGCUAUGUCAAUUACAUCAAAGAAGAAAACCGACUGGAAAUAUCGAAAGGAGAAUUUGUCGGUAAAUCAGUGCGUUAAGAAAGGUCAGGCGACGGGUUUCACAAGGAAGACUGAGAUAUGCCCUGGCUUUUGAUGUAAAGGAAGCAAAAUUAUCAGUCUGCGUGCUUUUAACAUGUAUUUUUCAUGCUAUGUCUUUGAAAGACGGAGGUACCUGACAAGUGCCUAAACUGCAGUCUUCAAAGGGUAAAUUAUCAUUAAGUCAAGCACGAACCUCCGUUUUCAGUGCCUGAUUUUUACAGUUUCUGUGGUCAGUUUUAAAGAUGAAUGCUAAACCAAUGGAAGGAUGUACAAUUAUGGCCUAAUAAACAAAAUAGAUAAAAGAAGAAAAUGAUAACAUUACUUUACCCCUACCUCAGAGGGGCU